AUGAUAAGAUUAUUUACGAUUCUUCUUAUUCUUAUUAAUUCGAAUGUUAUUUCGACUAAAAAUGAUCAAUUAAAUUCUUUGGAAAAUAAUUUACUUUAUUCACAUUUGAAAGAUUCAACGAAUUUGAAAUUAUUUUAUGAAAAAUUAAUUCAAGCAAAUGAACACGAUAAACAACUAAAUCAAAAUCAAAGAAAUCAUUCCAAUCAAUGUUUUUCAUCGUCCAAUGAAAUAUUAGAAAAAUUUCAUUUAAAUGAAAAUUCAAGUUUAUCAAAAGAAGAUCUUCAUCGUUUAACACCAAUUUUAGCCACAAUGAAAUUGAAUCCAUCGUGUCAUAAAAGUCGAGAAUCAUCAAAAUGGAAACAUUUUCUAUUUGGUUUAAUCUCAGUAACUUUGAUUAAUUUAACUGCUUUAUUUGGUGCCAUUAUUUUACCUUUUCGAAAAAGACCAAUUUUCAAAUGGAUUUUAUCAUGUUUUAUUGGUUUGGCGGUAGGAACACUUCUUGGAACAGGAAUAUUUCAUUUAAUUCCAAUGGGAUUUGAUGUUGAAUCUCAUGAUAAAGAAUCAACAUUUAUUAACAAAGGUCUUGUAGGAUUAAUAAUUAUAUAUUUAUUUUUUAUGCGUGAUCAAUUAUCAACUAUAUUUUUUCAUAUUCAAACGACAAUUCCAACACAUGAUCAUGUUGAUGAAGAUAUUUCGGUAGGUUUAUUUUUAGAAGAAGAAGAAGAAUAUUCGAUUAAAAUUAACAAAAGAAAUCUUUGA